AUGGUCGGUGGCGCGACUCCUCUAUAUUACCCAAAUUCCUGUGAAAUCAACCACAUAAAAGCCUCAGAGAUCCUAAAAAGACGCCAAAUUAGGAUCGUUCAGGUUCGUCGUUUGUCGAAGAUCCAUUCCGCAGUAGCUAGAAACAUGUAUCAGAGAAAGAAAUUGGAGCAUCUAGAUUGUGAAAAUCGACGUCUACAGAGACAGCAGAUGCUUGAAGACUUUGCAUUACUCCAAAGUAAACAAAGUGCACUUAAUAACAUUAUGGAUAGCUUUGGAUAUGGCCACAGGAUUGCCUCUUCUUGGAAGGAUCCAAUGAUUGAGGAGCAGAAACGACUCUCUACCAUGAGGGUCGUUGCGAAAAAGCGUUUUGAUGAGGCGUAUACGGACUUGUUGGUGACUCGGGCACGGUCAUUACGAGAGGCAGAGAUGCGGCAUCACUUCCGUGAGACCGCCCGAGCGGCCGAGCAAGCAAGAGCGGCGGCCGUCGCGGCCCUCCCACCGCCUUCAUGUGACCCUCUUGACCCUCAUCUUAAUCCGAAUGGUGAUGCCUGCACCCGUUGCUUAAGUGAGGUCCACAAGGAGUGCCACUUGGUAGUGGAUGCGAACCGGGUGCCACUGGGGUCUGGAAACUGGGGAAGAGAAAGGGCAAAGAAAUCAGAGAAGAGAAGUGGAUUGCUGGGCGGGGGAGUGAUGGCUGGGGAGGCCCAGUGCGGAUUGAAUGUUUGCCACUUAGACUCGAGCUGUGCGACUGGAGCUGCGAAUGACGAUGCAUUCACCACCGCAGCAGCCGAGAACGCCCGCGCCGAUCUCGCCCACCGACGCACUCUCCGUCUUGCCACCGAGGCUGCGCUCAAGUCGCGUAUCCGAGCACAACUUGCUCUCAAACGAACCCAUGCAAUGCAGGAGUAUGAGCUGUUGACGCAACAUCCGGACCCUGUUCCUGUAGGCGGAUUGAGGAUUGAUCAAAGCAUUCAUAUCCACGAUGGAUCAUCAUUCGUGGAGCGGCCACUACCAAGCUCAUCUGAUGAAAAACCUAUACCAGAUACCCAAUGCACUACCCUUAUGCAUCCGAGCCCAGACCUCUCGGGCCUGGGACCUGGUGAGCGCGCCGGUUUGCCACCCCUGGCACUCUCUCCCCGCCAGAGCCUCAUCGCCCAGCCUCUUCUUUCGCCGCACCCCGCCUCUGAUAGCUCACAGACACUGAUCUUUCGCAAAAGGUCUCUCAUUCUUCCCCUCUCUAUCGCGACUAUCCGUCCCAAUCCCCACACUUUAAUGGCAAAGAUUUUCUGCCCUAGUGACUCUUCGGAGGCGACAGGCCUGGACUCGACAGGAACAAAUGCACUGAAUGCGUUUAAACCUCUGGAAGUUCAUUUCAACGUCAACAAAGUUCCAGAUUUAGAAUCUUACUGCGUCUCCGGAGUAAAUAAUAUUCUAUCAUCUACCGAAUUGAGUGAAAUUACUUCGUUUGACCGCAUAAAGAUGCAACUGGACUCCGAAGUCGAAAAUAUAGAUAAGGCGAUACGGGAGUUGCGCGAAACGUUUAAUAAGAGCAUUCUUUCUAGGCGGUCAGCACAGGGUAUUGAAGUGAAUUUAACGCGAAUCAGUCCACCAUCCACUUCUUCCGAUUCGGUGACAAUUCAUCCGCAGUCUCCUUUGGAGGUCAUCGACGUGCAACCUGGGACGACGACGAUGACGGGAGUGACACAAGAUAGAACACUAUACCGCACUGAGAACCGGCCCUCUGGUUUCAUCGACGGCAGGAUUGGUACGGAUAUGAGAGGAACAAAGUGUCAGAUGAUUUGUAACAAUUUUGAUGCAUUGAAGGAAAGCGUCGAAAGUGGACAUUAUACUUCACAUAUGCUGUCACUUGUGGAUGUGCGAUCGAACGAAAAGGGUAAAGAGAAGCAGUCACCGAGUCCUACGGCGCCAAUAAUUAUUUCCCCUUCUCCCGUUCCUCUUCUAAUCACGGAAACAGGCGCGUUUACGUUAGCAAAGUCGGGCACUGGGGCUAAGCCUUUCGCUGUAGUGGAGUCACUGCGAAGGCGUGCACGGGAGUUGAUUUUGCGGCAAACGGAAUGCAUCCGUGCCAGUAAUGCGGAAAACCAUGCCUCUGCCUGUGAAACGCCUGGGCAACUACCCCAUUGCUUCAUCAGUUUGGCUCAUGGGGAUGAUGCAGAUCUCCAAAGUCUCUCAUUACCGGCUAAAACCCCAAUCUUCAGUCCUGUAAAGCACUCCUCCAUUAAACUCCUGCCGUUCCUGGGCGCAGCCGAUGAUGAGUCCCGCCUCCGACUUAUUCCCAAGUCUGCAAAGGCUCUCUCCCCUAAGUCAAAUAUUGCUAUCGACGCCAAGCAGCUACGCCAUGCCGUCCUCCUCUACCUCCACGCCCCUUUUAAGGAAGCAGGAGAUGAUGACGUGGAUUUGUUUACGGGGACAAUUGGGGAUUUCGUGGUAAGGAAGAAGGAACUUCUUCGACAUUAUCUCAAGCAAUUGUUAGAAACCUACCGCAUGAAGUCUGAGAUUUCGACAUUGCACUGCAGUGGGACUUAUUUAUCACCAACAUCUACCUCACAAAUCCGCCUGAUUAACAACGUUGUCUCCAAAUCUACUGAUCGAAUAUCACCUGUUUGUCCUAAUCAGUAUAAUAACAAUUUCAAGCCUCGGAAUACACUCCCUUCCGAUGAGACCUUAGGUCCCAACCCCCCCAAACCUUUGGAAAGAGAUGUUUUUAGUCGUCAAAGCCCCCCAUGCUCUGACUCUGACUUAUUGCAGGGGUGUUUCAAACGCCGCUUUUGUGAACAAAAUGAGAUUUUGAAGCCUAUUAACCAUUCCGUACAUAGCUCCGCCUCCACUCCCCAUGCGAAAGAACAUUCUGUCAGUCACUUGAAUAGAAAUGACUCAGGAGAUGCUUUGUCAUCUACUUUUUUCCCACGUUUUGUCACCUCUUCAAGUUCUGCCUUAGAAAUAUCGUGCGAUAGCUCCUCUGGUCGUCCAUUAAAUCAAUUCAGUGUACUUUCCUGUCAAACCCUACCGAUCUCUUUAACGAGUACUGACACAGAAAAAAACUUCAAGUCAUCGGCUUCAAUGAGGCAGAAAUUCACCAUCACUGAAUCGGCCUCAGGCACACUUGGGACACAUCGUCAAAGCUCGCCUGUGAAUCAUCUUCCUAGUCAGUCUGGAUUCAUUCGUCUCCAAGCUCCAGAAGCUGCAAAGGAAUAUAUUGUUUAUGACAGUUCACCAUUGCAUCAAGAGGGCAAGACUGACUCCAUAAAAACAUAUUUGGGUGCUGAUUUACUACAAGUUCCAGUACAGAACCAGUUAGCCAACAAAACUAGAAUAAAAUACAGCCUUCAAUCCAUCGCCACCGGCUUAGAAGAUAAGAUGAACUCCCAGAUAAUUUCCAACGCCUCGAUACCGACAGACAGUACUCCAAAUUCUUCCAGCCGUCCUUCGAACCAAUUUAGUUGUUUGUCAUCUCAAUCGCCUUGUUUUCCGGCUGAAGUACCUUUUGUUUCGGAACUAGAGGCUUCACAGGAGCCCAUUCCGUAUAAGCCAGUAGCUCCGUCUGUAACGUCAGGUGGAAGUGCGACUACUACUUUGCAUGCCCUCCGAAGUGGUCUCUCCAUUGGCUCUGGAAACGAGUUCAAAGAAUCGCAUGUACAACCGUCGGGUGACGUCUCAGUCGGAACGCUGAAUAUUGUGAAGGGUGAACGACAUACUUCCGCUAGCACGCUUGCUCGUCUUCGCGGCGACGUCAUGGCAGACGAGUCCUCUUCCCCCCUCUCCAGUGAUCUCUCUUCUAUCAUAACUACCAACAACAACGCUUCACCCCUUCGUCAGUCGAAUGAUCUAAUGAAUGGGGAGAAAGAGCCACCACCAGGGGGUGUCAUUCAUCAGACUCGUCGUUUCUCCUAUUCUCCUCUGGUCCCAAGUGAAACUCCUCUCAUUUCCAUUAGACUUGAACCUCCUUCAACGAACAAUGUUCUCGAGGAGUCGGAGACAGUAGUACAGACACUACUAUCGGCAGAUCAAAAGGAAGAGCACGAUGUCGCCGCAGCAUCUGCUUUUGCAAUGCUACCUGCUGUGAAGGUAGACACGAGAAAAUCAGCUUUCAGUGGGUUGAUUAGUUCCGAAGAAAGAAGUAAUAUUGUAUCUUCCAGAAUAUCAGUCGGUUCUAAAUCGAUUGAUGUAAAGGCGUCUAGUAUGAUGUCGGACACUGUGAAAGUGGGCAGCAUGAAGUCAGCUGCCCCAGAGGCGGAUACUAGGGGGGCAAACAAUGCAAAAGCAAUCGUCUUGGAAUCAGUUGACGCAAAAGUCGGCAGCAAGGAGGUUGGUAACGCGGAAACAACUAGUGCUAAGUCAGUCGGUGCAAAUACGGUUUCUGGAGAUGCGGUUGGGAGGAAAGCAAGCGAAGCAAAGGUUAUCCUCCAGAAACUGGCCGAUGAAAGACCAAUUGCAAUGAAGCCAGCUAUCAUGGGACCGGAGGGUGUGGAAGCCAAUGGCGGGGGCGCAGGCGCUAUAGCAUUGGUCAGUGGGAAAACAGCCGAUGCGAGAGGAGCUGAUGCAAAACCAAUAGGUGUAAAGAUAACUGAUGAGGCACCCACUUAUGUGAAAUACGUUGGUUUAAAAUCACUCGGCGGGGAAGUAUUUGUUAUGCCUUCAGCUGGUGCAACGACUGCACCUGCCAUUGAAUUAACCAGUACAAAGAAGGCGAAUGCGAAGGUAGCCACAGGAGAGUCUUUCAUUCCGAAAAGUAGUGCCACGAAGUCAGCUUCUGUACUAUCAGUUGGCGUUAGAUCGGGUUUUGUGGAAUCACCUUCUGCUGAGGCAAGCGGCACGGAAGCAAAACAUUCGGGGCCGACUAGUGUGAAACUGUUUAUAGCCAAAUCAAUCAACAGGGAGUCACUGGCUGCUGUUUCAGUCACUGCGACGAAUGUUGGUGAAAAGGGACUUCUCACUGAAUCUAUCACUGCCAACGUAAAGAGUGCUUCUAUUGCAAAUUUGACUGAUUUGGAAGCAGCUGAGAUGCAAGCAUUCAGCAUAAAGGCGUCUGCUCUUGAAACGUCUGAUCAAAAUGGAAUUCCUUUUGAACCUGCUGCCGCAAGAAUAAGCGUUGCGAAAUCAAAUUCACCUGAGCCCUAUAUGACAGAGUUAGCAAGACCGAAAGUGAGCGGUCCUAGUUUACUUGCUGCGGAUUCAGGCAGCACGAGAUUAGCCAGUGCGGAAACAACAGAUAUUGAGCAAAAUCUUGACUCUCCACUCUCACAUCAGCCAGACGGGACUGUCAUUUACGCCGUGGCUACUCCCCGUGAUCUCCCCGCCUACCUAACUGCCGACACUGCUGCUACCAUAGCCAGAAUGCGGAAGGUGCAGGAGGAAUUAGAGCGAAAAGGAUCUAAUUCACUUCCAAAUCCGAGAACAAGACUCCUGGCGGGUCUACAGGAGGAAUUAUCCGUACCUCCUGAUGAUCUAUCCUCGACACGAAGCUUUAUUCGUAAGGAGUCGUCAAUCACCUUCCAAGUAACGCUUCCCUCUCUUACUCGCGAUCAGAGUGAACGCAAAGAAGCUAGAUUUAUUGAAAUGCUGAACGAGCUGAAUGUUAGCUUAUUCAAAAAUGGCAGAAGAUACUGCAGUGCGACUAUGGUUAAAAUUUAUUCUGAAGCUCCGCGGUUAUUGGUCAGAGAAAAGGGACUGAACCUUCGGGAUCGAGAUCACCUGCCACUGCUGCAAGCAGACGGGCGAAGACUUCACUUUCCACGAGAAAGCGAAAGUGCAGCUCGCGGCCCCGCAAACGCUCGGAGUAGACCCGCCGUGAGUGGUGAAAUAUUAUCAGCCAAUUUUCCGUUCGGGCGUUUUUAUCUGCGGAAACCGGGUUCGAAGCAGUGUAGUGACAGCAAGGGGACCUCUCAUCAAAACUUCGCAAACCCCAUUGUCCAUAAGAAAUCCUCGAGGCAACGCACCAAAAAGCCUUCACGAGUAAACCCCCCACCUCGCAGCACCUGA